GCUUGGGACCUGUCGUACUACCAGAACCUGGUGGAAGAGCGCGUGUACAAGGUGGACCAAGAGAAGCUUCGGGCCUUCUUUCCUCUGGAUGUGGUCACCAAGGGGCUGCUAGGAAUAUAUGAGAUGCUGCUGGGCCUCAAGUUCGACAAGGUGGAGGACGUGAAGUUGUGGCACUCUGAGGCUGAGCUGUUCAAGGUGACGGACGUCGCCAGCCAGGAACUUCUAGGCUACUUCCUCAUGGACCUGUUUCCGAGGGAAGGGAAGUACAGCCACUUCUGCAACAUCCCCAUGCAGCCUGGCUGUCGGAUUGCUGACGGAUCGAGGCAGCUGGCGGUGGUGAGCAUCCUGUGCAACUUUUCGAAACCCACCACUGACAAGCCUUCUCUCCUGACCCAGUACGAAGUGACGACCUUCUUCCAUGAAUUCGGCCACACGAUGCACCACAUGUGUUCCAGGGCGGACUUGGUCGAGUUUGCGGGCCCGAGGGUCGAGACGGACUUCAUGGAGUGCCCGUCCCAGAUGCUGGAGAACUGGAGCUGGGACCUGGAGGCCCUGCGGCUCAUGUCCGGCCACUACUUGACCGGAGAGCCGAUACUGGAGGACCUGGCUGAGAAGCUGAUGGCCUCUCGCCUCGCCAACGUGGCCCACCUUAACCUCAGGCUGGUCAGCCGCUCACUCUUCGACCUGGAGCUGCACUCACGGCCCGAGACAGAUACAAGGAAGGUGUUCCGAGAGAUCCAGGAGUCGCUCUUGGGAUACUCUCCCCAGGAGGGGACCAACUCUGCAGCCAGCUUCGGCCACUUGAUGGGAGGCUACGACGCCCAGUACUACGCUUACCUGUGGAGCGAAGUGUACAGUAUGGACAUGUUUGACACAAGGUUCAAGAAGGAAGGUAUACUGAAUCCGAAGACUGGCAUGGACUAUCGCGAGAAAAUCCUGUGCCCAGGAGGCAGUCUGGAUGGCGAAGUGAUGCUGAGGAACUUUCUGGGCAGGGAGCCAAGCACGGAGGCAUUCUUCAUCAGCAAGGGACUGUCCACUGCAGGUCCAGCAUCAUAAUUUUUUUUAACAAAAAAAAUAGGAGCAAUGCUUAUUUUAAAUAAAUUCUUUUUACAAUCUUG